GCAAGUUAAUAAAAAAAGUGUCAUCGUUAAAUUAUCUAUAAUUAAAUGGUUAUAAUUAGUGAAAAUCAAUAAAUCGCAACUUUUGAUAAAUACCUGUAGCUCUAAUAUAGUCCAAAGAAUAAUUAUUUUAUAAAGAAAUAUUUAAAUUUUCAGUGUGGAUAUAUACAUCAAAUAGAACACGUGUUUUUUGACAGUUCAUAAGUUUCUAAUGUAUGGAUAAAAAUACAUAAUAACAUUUGUAUUAAUUUGAAACUAUUUUAAGACAGCUUCUUUGGAUAUAUAAAUUUCAAAAAUGAAUUGUAAUAUUAUGGAAUUGUUAGAAAAUGACAAAAUGACAAGGGUUUGUGCUCCCAUGGUUAGGUAUAGUAAGCUGCAAUUUCGAACACUGGUGAGACGAUACAAUUGCGAUAUUUGUUUUACACCAAUGAUUUUGGCAGAUUCAUUUGUACAAUCCUCGAAGGCUCGUGAUAACGAAUUUACAACAAAUUCAGAUGAUAAACCUCUUAUUGUUCAAUUUGCUGCAAAAAACGCUGACGAUUUUAUUCAAGCUGCAGAAAUGAUUGCACCUUAUUCCAAUGGAGUGGAUUUAAAUUGUGGAUGUCCUCAACGUUGGGCUAUGAAAGAUGGAUAUGGAGCACAUUUAUUAAAAGAGCCACAUAUUAUCAAAGAUUUAAUAUACCAGGUGCGAAAUCACAUUCCUAAGCCAUUCACAGUAUCAGUGAAAAUUCGUCUUUUGAAAAAUAUAAAAGAAGCCGUUCAAAUUUGUCAAACAAUUGAAAAUGCUGGAGCAUCAUUUCUUACAAUUCAUGCGCGAACACCCGAAAUGAGAAAUGAACCAAUUGAUUUGGAAGGUUUAAAAAUUUUACGUGACUCCGUUAAAAUUCCCGUAAUUGCUAAUGGUGCUGUAAAAACACUUGAAGAUGCAUUAAUUCUACAUGAAAAAUCCCGAUGUAAUGGUAUUAUGUCAGCAGGUGGAAUUUUAACAAAUCCCACAUUAUUUUCAGGCUCAAGUGUAACAACAUUAAAUUGUAUUCAAGAUUGGCUUGAUAUAACAUCGGUAAUUCCAACUAAUUUUUUGACUUUUCAUCAUCAUUUAGUAUUUAUGCUCGAAAAAGUGGUACCCAAGACGGAGAGAAAAAUUUUCAAUGUCAUGCAAGAUAAGAAUUCUGUUUUAAAUUUCAUUGAAGAAUAUUUUAAUUUAACUCCUAAUGUUAAUUAUAAUCGUUAUAAAAAUAUUGAAUGUGUCUAUGAAACAGUAGCGAACAAAUGUACAAAGAGUGAAAAUUUAAAUAAUGAUGGACUAUCACAUAUGUUUUUGGAAAAUUUGUUUAUCAGUUGAAGAUUCUCAAUGUGAAAAGGAUUUUGAUUGAAGGUAUUUUUUAUAAUUUUUAAUUAUAUAUAGUCGAACAUUUAUUUUUCAUUUUAUAAAAACAAGUUUUAUUAAUAAAAUUUAAAUGUACUUCUUUCUUA